AUGCCUGGCAGACCAAAGAUAAACAGGAAGAAAUGCAUUUCAGAAAGAAGUGACAUACACACUCGUAGCAAAGUUGGGACCACUUCUAAAUGUUGUUUAUGUUCCCAACAAGGUCAUAACAAGAGGAAAUGUCCUCUGAAACAGCUUAAUGCAGUAGAUGAUUCAGAUCUCUUUGAUUACCAUGAGCUAUUUGAGGAGGAGGAGGUUGGAGGUGAUUCAGAGAAAGAAGUUGGAGGAGAUUCAGAGGAUGAUUUAGAGGUGGAGGUUGAACAAGUGGAGGUUGAACAAGUGGUUGAUGAAGAAGUGUUGAAUCCUGGAAACCAGCAUGUGGUUGCUCCAUCUUCGAAAAGGAGAAAGUGUGGUCUUUCUCAGAGGAACACAAAACUUAGGUUGACGAGGGAAGUGGUUACCAAAGAUGAUACAGGGGGAAGUCUUGAAAAUCCCCUCACACUAUAG